CGGUCACUAGCCUCCUCUGCCCCACAGGCCCUCAGCCAUCAUGAAGAUUGCCGUCGAAGGCUGCUGCCACGGCGAGCUCGACGCGACCUACGAGGAGAUCAAGCGCAUCGAGCAGCGCGACAACACCCCCGUCGACGUCCUCCUCAUCUGCGGCGACUUCCAGGCUGUCAGGAACGCGCAGGACCUGCAAUGCAUGGCCGUGCCGGACAAGUAUAAGGAUCUGAGGCAAUUCUAUCAGUACUACACGGGUGAGAAGAAGGCACCGGUGCUGACCCUGGUUAUCGGGGGAAACCAUGAAGCCUCGAACUACAUGUGGGAGUUGUACCACGGGGGCUGGCUAGCGCCAAAUAUCUACUUCCUCGGCCACGCAGGCUGCGUGCAGGUCAAUGGUGUCCGCAUCGCCGGCGCCUCAGGCAUAUACAAGUCGCAUGACUUCCCUCUCGGCUCUUAUGAACGCAUGCCCUAUACCCCGAAGACUAUGCGUAGCAUAUAUCACAUACGAGAGUACUGCGUACGGAGGUUGUCCCUGCUCUCUUCCCCCCGUAUCUUCCUCUCUCACGACUGGCCGCAAGGCAUCGAGCACGCAGGCGAUCUCCAAGGCCUCCUCCGCCGCAAGAACCACUUCCGCGCAGACGUGCAGAACCACGCGCUCGGCUCGCCACCACUAAGAGGCCUAUUACACCAACUACAGCCAGAAUGGUGGUUUUCAGCACACUUGCAUACGAGGUUCGAGGCGACGGUGGUGCAUGGGCCAGCAGAAGGUGUCGACGGGCCAACAGAAGGGGUCGAGAGCGGACCACCCGCCCCUGCACCGAACCCAGACGAGAUUGCCAUUGAUGAGGACGAGCUGGAUGUGCCUGCGCCGCCACCUCCGCCAGCCUCGGAUGCACAACAACCUUCAGCAGAGAAGCCCGCGCUCAUAGCCGUGGACAGGAACGACGACGAGAUCGUCCUAAGCGACGAGGAAGAAGACGUCGCCCCGCCACCACCACCACCAAUACCUCCGCGAGUAACGAAGUUCCUUGCACUCGACAAGUGCUUGCCGAGACGGAAGUUCUUGGAAGUGAUCGAUAUUCCCGUCGAAGGGGAGCUUGACCCGGGCAGACCGAUGUUCACGUUCGAUCCGGAGUGGCUAGCUAUUGUGCGCGCGUUCAAUCCGUUACUUUCGUUGGAGAUGAAGCAGACGCCCUUCCCACCUGAGAACGAAGCGCGAGAGAUGGUAGCACGCGAACUCGCUUGGGUGCAAGAGAACGUGUUGGCGACACGAGACGGGCAAACGGUGAAAAUAGGGGAUGUGCAGCAAUUUACGCCCACUUUGCCUGGUGGGGACGGCCCGCAGGGGCGCGAGCGCUUUCAACAACCACCAUGGUUCACGAACCCGCAGACCGUAGCGAUCUGCGAGUUGUUAGGGAUCGAGAACAAGAUCAAUCCGCCUCCACCAGCAACUGGUCAGUGAUGGGUUGAAGACCACGAUGUUGUAGCAUAGUCUUGCCGGUGCUUUUGAGCCGUAUAUGGUAGCCCGCCAUCGUGCGGGUUGGAGUUGUUGGUCCAGUCUGAGUUAGGCUCCGACAGUGGCGCUAUUCAGGGCAAUCAGAG